UACAGCUUAGACUGUAGUUCUUUCUUUGGUAUAUAUUAUUUAGGCUAUAUGAGUAUUUACAAUAUUUACAGUGUUUACUUCUGACCUGAUUGUAAGUGAUUUAUUGGAACAGGUUGUAGCUUAAUUCUAAAUACUGUUUUUGUAUUUAGUUUCACAGAUUCAGUGGUUUCCUGUGUUAAUGCCUUUACACGAGUAAAGUGUCAACUUUAUAUCCACGUCUGGGGUUUUCAUUCAUCACUGACUGUUUAGCUAUCUGUCAACACGUGCAAAGCAGACACGCACGCUGGAGGACAGAAUAGUGAAAAAGCAGCAUCACAGCGGGCGAAACACAGAUCCUAAAGGAAGACAGCUACUCUUCAUCCUCAUUCAUCUUUAGCCUUCGUCAGGCCACCUCCUGCACGACAUAAACAAGAUGGAAGAGACUACCGAAGGGGGUCCGGUCAACUCAUCUAGUCAGCUGGAAACCAGGUGCUGCUCUUCAAACAGACACCUAGCCAAAGACUGCAAAACAGCUAUACAGUGCUCAGAAUGUAACAGUGGUGCACACGUAACAGCCCUCCAUCCGGGACCACCCUCCUGGACCUUUAAUUCCCCUAAUGCAGAGCAUAGCGGGGAGGAAGAGGAGAAAACCUCUCUUACUGUUAACUCUAAAUGCACUGAUGUUUGUGGAGAUCCACUAAGCUCCCGGUCCUGCUCUAAAAUAUGCCUCAUUGAAGUCCAUCAUAAAGGCCAGCCAAACAAAGCUGUGAAAGGUUAUGCUAUACUCGACGACCAAAGCAACCGGUCGUUAGCCAGGUCAGAAUUCUUUGAUUUCUUCUGCCUCAAAAGCACAGAGUCUCCUUACACUCUUCGCACAUGCGCCGGAGUCACAGAGAUGUCUGGAAGGAGAGCUACAGGCUUCAUCGCGCAGUCAUUAGAUGGAACUUGUAGUGUGUCGCUUCCCACGCUCAUUGAGUGCAAUCACAUGCCAGAUGACAGGUCAGAGAUACCGACUCCCGAGGCAGCAAAACACCACUCACACCUCGAGUCUAUAGCACACCUUAUCCCCCCUCUCGAUCCAGAUGCGCAGAUCCUCUUCUUACUUGGACGUGACAUACUACAAGUUCACAAAGUGAGAGAACAGCACAAUGGGCCUAGAAAUGCACCAUAUGCGCAGAGGCUUGACCUCGGGUGGGUUGUGGUUGGUGAAGUCUGUUUAGGCGGCGCUCAUAAACCUACAACUGUGAGCGCUUAUCACACCAACAUUCUAGGUAAUGGCCGCCCUUCAAUCUUCAGACCAUGUCUUAACCACAUCUCUCUGAAAGAAUCGCUGAAUGCAGAAAGAGUCUCUAAAACCCCCCUCUUCCCUCAGUAUGCUCCCGCCAGUCACCCCUCUCAUAGUCGUAGCUCCACCUGUGAAAGCACAUUAGGUAGCACAGUCUUUGAAAGAACAGAGGAUGACGAUAAAACUGGUCCCUCAAUUGAGGACAAACUGUUCAUUCAGAUUAUGGACAAAGAGAUGUUUAUGGACGACAUGAACAGCUGGGUGGCGCCGCUUCCCUUUCGCUCACCUCGGUCACGCCUGCCUAAUAACAAAGAGCAGGCUCUAAGUCGUCUCACCUCUCUCUGUCGCAUGCUCAGCAAGAAGCCUAAGAUGAAGGAACACUUUGUGGCAUUCAUGGAGAAAAUCUUCAAUCACCAUCAUGCUGAACUGGCUCCACCACUGCAAGAAAGAGAAGAAUGCUGGUACCUACCCACAUUCGGUGUGUACCACCCACGUAAACCUGACCAAAUUAGAGUGGUCUUUGAUUCCAGUGCACGUCAACAUGGUGUGUCAUUGAACGAUGUGCUGCUAACAGGCCCAGACUUAAACAACAGCCUCCUGGGGGUCCUAAUACGCUUUAGGCGUGAGCCUGUAGCCAUCACUGCAGAUAUAGAACAAAUGUUCCACAGUUUUGUAGUCAGAGAAGAUCACAGGAACUUCCUCCGAUUCCUGUGGUUCAGAGACAAUGACACAUCCAAAGACAUUGUGGAAUACAGAAUGAGAGUUCAUGUGUUUGGGAACAGUCCCUCCCCUGCCGUUGCAAUGUAUGGUCUCAGGCGCGCUGCUCUACAUGGAGAGGCCGAGUUUGGCGCGAAUGCUAAGCGCUUUGUGCAGAGGGAUUUCUACGUCGACGAUGGGCUCAAAUCCCUGCCCUCUGUCGCCGAAGCCAUCGACCUCCUCAAGGCUACACAAGACAUGCUCGCCAUCUCUAACCUCAGGCUCCAUAAGAUAGCAUCAAACAGCCCAGCAGUCAUGGAGGCGUUUCCCUCAGACGAUUACGCAAAGGACCUGAAAGACCUAGACUUACAGAUAGACUCUCCACCUAUACAACGCAGCCUUGGACUGAGCUGGAAUCUCCAAAAUGAUACCUUCACAUUCCGCGUUGCCAACAGUGAUAAGCCAUUCACUCGUAGAGGUGUUUUAGCAACCGUCAACAGUCUAUUUGAUCCCCUUGGUCUCGUGGCCCCCAUCACUAUCCGAGGAAAACUCCUGCUCAGAGAGCUCACGAGCACAACUGUAGACUGGGACGCUCCUCUCUCCACUGAAAAAGAGGCUGAAUGGAAUGCCUGGAGAGACUCACUACAGGAUCUCGAACAAUUCGAAACUCCACGAGCAUACACAGUAGCAUCUCUCUCAAACUCAGUGAGAAAGGAGGUCCAUGUUUUUGCUGAUGCAUCCAUACAAGCCAUAGCAGCUGUAGCCUACCUGAAGGUCACAGACAGUGACGGCAUGUGUCAUGUAGGCUUCAUCAUGGGCAAGGCUAAAUUAGCUCCUCUGCCAAACCACACCGUUCCCAGACUUGAACUAUGUGCUGCUGUCCUUGCAGUCGACGUAGCAGAGCUGAUUGUUCAAGAGCUAGACUAUAAGCCAGAUUCCCUAAAAUUCUACACAGACAGCAAGGUGGUGUUGGGGUAUAUCUGUAAUGUCACUAGACGGUUUUACUUGUAUGUGAGCAAUAGAGUGCAAAAAAUCCGAAAGUACACACUUCCUGAGCAAUGGCAUUAUGUUCCCACCUCACUUAAUCCGGCAGAUGUGGCUACCAGAUCAGUUCCCGCGGCUCGUCUCGCUGAGACCAUUUGGCUCACUGGCCCAACAUUCUUACAGCACCCAGAAUCCUCACAUACCCCAGAGGAAGCGACCUUUGACCUCAUUCACCCAGAGUCUGAUGUUGAGGUGCGCUCUUUGAUCACCUCAUGCACAAAACUAAAAACGACUCUAGGCUCUCACCGCUUUGAGAGAUUUUCUACCUGGAAGUCUCUUGUUAGAGCUACAGCAUCUCUUAUCCACAUUACACAGUCCUUCAAGCACAAAGAGAGUUGCAGAGGAUGGCACCACUGUGCACAGCCUCUCCCUGCUGACCUGUGGGCACAAGCAAAAGCAGUCAUUAUUGGAUGUGUCCAAAGAGAGGCCUAUCAAGCUGAAUUCACAUGUCUGGAAAAAGGGAAAGAAAUUCCUAGAAAUAGUCCACUCAGAAAACUGAAUCCUGUUCUGGAACAUGGUCUUUUGACGAUUGGAGGACGACUUGAACACGCCACUCUUAGUACCACAGAGAAACAUCCACUCAUCAUACCAGGUCGCAGCCAUAUUGCAACUCUCCUAACAAAGCACUUUCACGAGAGGGUGAAACAUCAGGGCCGUCUCUUCACUGAGGCCUCCAUCCGCACAGAGGGCUUUUGGAUAAUUGGAGCUGAAAGAUGCAUCAACAGCAAUCUCCGUAAUUGUGUCAUAUGCACCAAGCUCAGAGGAAAAACAGCAGAGCAGAUAAUGGGAGACCUGCCCGCUGACCGUGUAAGCACAGAGCCACCCUUUACAAACGUGGGCCUAGAUGUGUUUGGACCCUGGGACGUGUCCACACGCCGCACCCGCGGAGGUCACGCCAACAGCAAAAGCCUUGGAGUGGACAACGUGAUGUGGACCACCAGCCUUGGAGUGGACAACGUGAUGUGGACCACCAGCCUUGGAGUGGACAACGUGGUGUGGACCACCAGCCUUGGAGUGGACAACGUGAUGUGGACCACCAGCCUUGGAGUGGACAACGUGGUGUGGACCACCGGCCUUGGAGUGGACGAAGGCACAGAAGAAGCGUACCGCGUCUGCAUCAUCGCUCUCCCGGGGCGAUUCUAG